AUGUCUUACAUCACUAAAAUCCACGCCAGAUACGUCUACGACUCAAGAGGUAACCCAACUGUUGAAGUUGACUUAACUACCGACAAAGGUUUAUUCAGAUCAAUUGUUCCAUCUGGUGCCUCUACUGGUGUCCACGAAGCCUUGGAAUUGAGAGAUGGUGACAAAUCCAAAUGGUUAGGUAAAGGUGUUUUGAAAGCCGUUGCCAACGUUAAUGACAUCAUUGCCCCAGCUUUAGUCAAGGCCAAGAUUGAUGUUGUUGACCAAGCUAAGGUUGAUGAAUUCUUAUUGUCCUUGGACGGUACUCCAAACAAAUCCAAAUUGGGUGCCAAUGCCAUCUUGGGUGUCUCCUUGGCUGCUGCCAAUGCCGCUGCUGCUGCUCAAGGCAUUCCAUUGUACAAACACAUUGCCAACAUUUCCAACGCCAAGAAAGGUAAAUUCGUUUUGCCAGUUCCAUUCCAAAACGUUUUGAAUGGUGGUUCCCAUGCUGGUGGUGCUUUGGCUUUCCAAGAAUUCAUGAUUGCACCAACUGGUGUCUCCACUUUCUCUGAAGCUUUGAGAAUUGGUUCAGAAGUUUACCACAACUUGAAAUCUUUGACUAAAAAGAAAUACGGUCAAUCUGCUGGUAAUGUUGGUGAUGAAGGUGGUGUUGCCCCAGAUAUCAAAACUCCAAAGGAAGCUUUGGACUUGAUCAUGGAUGCCAUUGAAAAGGCUGGUUACAAAGGUAAGGUUGGUAUUGCCAUGGAUGUUGCUUCAUCUGAAUUCUACAAAGACGGUAAAUACGACUUGGACUUCAAGAACCCAGAAUCCGACCCAUCUAAAUGGUUGUCUGGUCCACAAUUGGCUGACUUGUACGAACAAUUGAUUUCUGAAUACCCAAUUGUUUCCAUUGAAGAUCCAUUCGCUGAAGAUGACUGGGAUGCUUGGGUCCACUUCUUCCAAAGAGUUGGUGACAAGAUCCAAAUUGUUGGUGAUGACUUGACUGUCACCAACCCUCUCAGAAUCAAGACUGCCAUUGAAAAGAAGGCUGCUAAUGCUUUGUUGUUGAAGGUUAACCAAAUUGGUACUUUGACUGAAUCUAUACAAGCUGCUAACGAUUCUUAUGCUGCUGGUUGGGGUGUCAUGGUUUCCCACAGAUCUGGUGAAACCGAAGAUACCUUCAUUGCUGACUUGUCAGUUGGUUUAAGAUCCGGUCAAAUCAAGACUGGUGCUCCAGCCAGAUCUGAAAGAUUGGCUAAAUUGAACCAAAUCUUGAGAAUCGAAGAAGAAUUAGGUCCUGAUGCUAUCUACGCUGGUAAAGAUUUCCAAAAGGCUUCUCAAUUGUAA